CCGGGCAUAAAAGACAGGCACAUCCACUGCAGCCCGGUUGUCCUUGUCACUCUCGGUCCCUCCUCUCUUCCCGUCCACUGUUCAGGCCGACGUCCAUCCGGCCGUGUCUUUCUUUUUACCCCACUCUCCCUGUACCCGACAUUCGUUAGACCGCGACUAGACAACAUAAACUAGAACAAAAUGAAGUUCUCCGCUGCAAUCGUUUCUUUCGCCCUUCUCCUGGCCGGCUCGGUGCAGGCCGCGCAUAUAUCCAACCUCAAGCAGCUCAAGGAGGUGCAUCAGCGCCGCGGUGCGAACGUCCGCCGCUCUGGCGUGUCUGCGACGUACUCUGCGACCACGACGGCUUCGGUGACAGCCAGCGCGACUGCCAGUAGCUCGGCUCCUUCAUCCACGAGCACCUCUAGCGGCAGCUCCGCGUUCUCGAGUGGCAUCAAGCGUGGUCUCUCGUUCAACGACGCUUCCUUGACCAACGCAUUUACAUCGAGCCAAGCGAGUUGGGCGUAUAACUGGGGCUCGUCCUACUCCGGCUCUCUGCCGGACGGCGUGGCGUACAUUCCUAUGCUAUGGAGCGACGCGUCGGAGUACACUGACUCCUGGGAGGAUAACGCAAACACUGCCAUCGCUAAUGGCGCGACCUACCUCCUCGCCUUCAACGAGCCCGAUCUCGACUCGCAGGCAAACAUGACCCCCGAGGCCGCGGCGGCCGCAUGGAAGACGUACAUGGAGCCGUUCGCAGGCAAGGCGAAACUCGUGUCCCCCGCUGUCACCAACGGUGCCUCCCCCAUGGGUGAGGCGUGGCUCGAAUGGUUCAUCGGCAAUUGCACGGACUGCACGAUCGACGCCGUCGCGAUGCACAUCUACGACUCGGCAUCGAACGAAGCGUAUUAUCAGGAGUACACCUCCGGCUUUGUCGAUAAGUUCGACAAGCCCGUGUGGAUUACCGAGUUCGGUGUCGACGACGGGUCGACCUCGCAGCAGGAGAGCUUCCUCAGCAGCAUGGUCUCGUACCUUGACAACCUCGACGGCGUCGAGACAUACUCCUGGUUCAUGGUCGAGUCCGGCAACCUCGUCAACAGCGAUGUCACUCUCACCUCGCUCGGAACCACCUAUAUCAGCUGAGCGAGUGCGCUCGUAAGAAAACGCACACUCAUACUUUAACUAUCCUUAUCCUUCUCUCCCUCUCUAUCGGACUCUGAUCAUCUGGUGCCCCCGCGGAGGGCAUCUUUUCGUGUUUCACUUCGCUUUCGCUGCUGAAAUUGAUGUUCAGUGCUUCUGCUCGAGGUCCCGGUUGAUCCAGGUAGAGUUGCUCGAGCGUGUUUGUGCUUCGUGUCUUAAGCUAUGGUAUUGACGUCGGUGCCUGUUGUGCUUGUAUGCCAUAGGCGACUGCUAGAUUAAAUAGAUAUUGUAGCUUAACCUAUGCCGUAUAUUGUUUGUCUCGUUGCAAGCAAUUCAUUUGAGUGCCAUCAGCAGGGUGCCGCUUCAGCACCACAUGGAGCCAGCUCGCCCUGCGCGCCAACGUAG